AUGUCAGAUAGUGAUAGUGAUUUUGAAGAGGCUAACGAAUAUACUGGACUCAUGGAUGGUCAUGUUGCUGGUGAAGUAGUCAUGGAAUCGAUAAAUGAUAAAAAUAACAGAAAAAAAAAGACUCAAAAAUCACAACAGAGUGACGCACAAAGUGCUUCAACAGAACCAGAAGUGCCAGAAAAUGUUACUCAAAUUGAUACAAGGUCCACAAAUAAUGGUAAUCAAGCCAAUGAUGAAUGGCAAGAAGAACUCGAAUUGAAAUAUGGUGCCAAACAUGUUAUAAAACUAUUCGCACCCGUAUCUUUAUGUAUGCUUGUAGUAGUUGCUACUAUUAGUUCUAUUAAAUUUUAUACUACUAGUGAUAUGUAUUUUGUAUAUACACCAUUCCAUGAAACUGACUCUAAUCCAGGCACAAAAGCCUGGAAUGCAGUAGCUAACUCUCUUAUACUUAUUGCUGUGAUUGUUGUUAUGACUAUAGUAUUAAUUAUUUUGUAUAAAAAACGAUGUUACAAAACUAUUCAUGGAUGGCUCAUUGCAUCUUCACUGAUGCUUCUUUUUUUGUUUUCAUAUCUUUAUUUAGAGGAAGUUUUAAGAGCAUACAAUAUUCCAAUGGAUUAUUUUACAUUAACCAUAAUAAUGUGGAAUUUUGGUGUUGUCGGAAUGAUUUGCAUACAUUGGAAAGGACCCCUUUUACUUCAGCAAGCCUAUUUAAUUUUCAUAGCUGCUUUAAUGGCUCUAGUUUUUAUCAAAUAUUUACCAGAAUGGACGGCUUGGGUAGUGUUAGCUGUUAUUUCAAUUUGGGAUUUGAUUGCUGUAUUGACUCCGAGGGGUCCACUUAGAAUUUUGGUUGAAACGGCUCAAGAAAGAAACGAACAAAUAUUUCCAGCUCUUAUUUAUUCAUCCACAUUUAUGUACAAUUACGUGAAUAUGACAUCAGAGGAGACUAAAAAUCCAACUUCGUCACUUAAAGAAUCAAAUAGUACUAGAAAUUUCGAAGAAGAUCCAGAAAGUGGAUUUGUUAGAGGAUGGAUGAAUCCGCAAAGAGCAAAGAGAAGAAAUGAAGAAAUUCAACAAAGCGAAGUAAGAUUUCAUCCACAACAAUCAGAGGGUCAUUCAAAUCCUGGUCCAGUUGGUACAAAUGCUGUUACAGUUGAAGAAGAAGAAAGAGGUGUAAAACUCGGACUGGGAGAUUUUAUAUUUUACAGUGUUUUAGUUGGAAAAGCUUCUUCUUACGGUGAUUGGAAUACAACCGUUGCAUGUUUUGUUGCCAUUCUAAUUGGCUUGUGUCUGACUCUACUUCUUCUAGCUGUGUUUCGUAAAGCUUUGCCAGCGUUGCCAAUAUCCAUAACUUUUGGCCUUAUAUUUUAUUUUACCACAAAGAAAAUAGUCAAACCUUUUGCCGAUAAUUUAGCUGGCGAACAAAUAUUUAUUUAA